AUGCUCUUUCUGAUGAUGGCUCAGGUGAGCUUGCUGUGCUGGUAUAGCGUGAAUCCGAUGCCACAUCAAGCACCUACAGCUUCGACCUUGUUCUCACCAACGCGUCUUUUCUGCGGAUACCAAACACUCGCAGCCAUGCACUGGGCCCUGUCUCUCCUCUUCAACUUCCUCUGGAGGGGAGUUGAUCCAUCAUCCAUGCUUGUGUCUGAACUCCAGAUGUAUAUAAUGACUGGAUGGUCUUAUUGGCUGCUAGGUGCUGCACACUCCCUCAUGAUGAGGGAUAGUGUUCCAAUCGGAGUCCAAAUUAUGGCACUUACGUUCCACCGCUUCAACUGUGCAUGUCUCGAAUUCAAUUUUACCUACUUGCUCCAAUGUCGAUUGUCUCUCCUUGAAACGGGCCUUGGCAUGAAGAUGGGCGUUGGAAGAGUUCGCAGGAUUCGCCGAGUAUUUCUGAUUCUCCAACUUAGUCUCGAUGUGGUCCGUGGAUACCUGCAAACCAGUUCGCAGCUCGCCGUUGAUUGGUCUUCAGCCAUCUAUCACCUCGUGGCUGGCAGUGGUGUCUUGUGCACCCUCUACGUGUGCUUGCAGGAUUUUGACACCGUGAUUCAGGCCUUGGAGCAAACCGUGCUUCCCGAUCAAUGUUUUGCGAAGCUGGAGAAGGAAUGGUCUCUAAAGGCUUUCAGGCGCAUGGCAUUGGCUGUGAAGAUUUCAUGUACAGUGAGUUCAGCAUCCCACCUCCUUUGCAUUCCUCCGGUGCUCCUGGUUCAUGGCUCCUUUCGUCCCAUCCUGGUUCCAGCAUACCACUUGCUGGACAUCGUUGGUGAGCUCGUUGGGCUGAUCUUCAUUGUGGGAAUCCUGAAGCCUCAGAUGCCGGACAUCAAGCCUGAGAUACACACCAUGCGUGGAACAUGCAAGCUAAAAAGAGAUCUGAGUAACACGGAGUGGAAUGUCAAGGUGCAGGAGCUCGCUCAUCGCAGCAUCGAUCUGGAGAACCUGCUGGAUUUCUAUGACAAGUUGGGAGGAGAGACGAUGAAGCAUUUCGAUCCUUUCCUGUCGACCACAGCAGAUGUAGUCCGGCAGGCCGUCAUUCCCCUCUCCAGGAUGGAAGGAAGAGGCUUUGCUUACACCGAUGUGCUGGCUUCAAGAGGUAAGCUGAGCCAGCAGAUGCCAGAUUGUAUGGUGACUCACACUUGGUCUGGCCUCUUCCUUCACUUGGUUGCUGCCAUCGUGUCAGAUGCACUACGGCUCGAUGAAUAUCAUCAGAUAGCAUCAAAGAUGAGCAGUGGCAAACUCAUACAGAUCAAGCAAAAGCUUGCUGCAAAGGGUGUGCUGCACAACAGAUACUGGAUUUGCUGCUUCUGUGUGAAUCAGCACGCCAGCAUUUGUAAUGGUGUCGGAGAGGCUCCUUCUGAUCCAGCAGCGCUUGCUCGCUGGGAACGGAACCGCAGAGACACAGUGACAGGUCAACUGUUGAGCCUUUGCGAUUGCAAGGAGCCCAAAGUUUUGAAUGAUCAGCCAGACAAAUGCGAACUGAACAAGUUUCAUUCCAUGAUGCUUUGGCUUCAACAGCAGAAGCCGAACUUCCGGCAGCUUGUUGUGGCAGAUGGCGACUUCAAAGUCUUUGAGCGAGCAUGGUGUGUCGCGGAAUUGGUGGCAGCACAUGAUGCUGACAUCCCACAGCGGAUUUGCCUUUAUUCCAACAGUCCAUUUGACUUCGAUGAAGAAGACCUGUCUGCCUAUGCCAAGUUGGCCAGCAUUUCAGUGGCCAAUAGUCUGGCAUCCAGGCCCGAGGACAAGGACAUGGUUUUGGAGAAGAUCUCCUGCGUGAAGGACUUCGAUCGCGAGUUGCAGUUCUUGAUCUUUGGCAACCGAGGUUUGCUCAAGCAGAAGUUCAUCGGUUUCGACUCCCUGGUCCCUGCAGCGCGGACGACUCGGCGGCUUCGCACCUUGACACGAGAGGUCUAG